AUGGUGUCCGCGAAGAAGCACGUUGCUAUCGUCAAGAAGCACCCAAAGAAAUGGCACAGACAUCAGUCCGACAUGUUCAAGUGUGUGCCGGCGGCAUGGAGAAAGCCAAAGGGUAUCGACAACAGAGUUCGAAGACGAUUUAAGGGUCAGAUGGUUAUGCCUUCGAUCGGUUUCGGCUCCAACAAGAAGACCAGACAUAUGAUGCCUUCUGGCCACAAAGCAUUCCUCGUCAACAACCCAAAAGACGUUGAACUCCUCCUCAUGCACAACCGAACAUAUGCCGCAGAGAUCGCACACGCUGUUUCCUCCCGCAAACGAGUCGAGAUUAUCGCAAAGGCAAAGGCUUUGGGAGUAAAGGUCACCAACUCCAAGGCUAGAGUCACAACCAAGUCGUGA